AUGCUCAAGAACGUAAUUCUCAUCGUGCUCGCGACGGUGCUCCUGCCACAGCUAAUAACAUAUUCAUCUCAAUUUUUCUCCAUAUUCGUCAAGCCCCAGCUGCCAUAUCUCUAUGCGCGCUAUGGGGGUGAGGAUGUCAGUGGGGGAUGUCAGAUAGUGCGAGCGGUGGGACUGCAGCACUGCGAGGAUGUAGCAACCAUCAGGCAAGUACAAGACGAGCACACGGGGUAUUCGCCGAUGCUGGCAGGAUGUGAUGAUAGAUUCGCGUACAACACGGUGCUGGGGGUGUUUGACGAUAUAGUCACACCCGGCACACUGCAACUGGUAGCCCCGUACAAGGACCUCGAUGGGCGAGUGGAUGUGACAGUGAUGCCGAUAACGAUUGACGACGACGCCGAUUUCGAUUUGCACCCGCUAGGUAUUGGCGUCAGUCCGGUGAACAGUGCGCGCGUCUUUGUCGUUAACCACGCCCUGGAAGAAUCGCGCGUGGAGGUGCUUGACGUAGACUACGACCUUGCGCGCGCACACCGCGUGGCGAGCAUCGCCCACCCUCUCAUUAGUACGCCCAACUCCAUCGCAGCGAUCGACGAUACCUCGUUCUACGUCUCCAACGAUCACCGCUUCGGGCUGCGAGGCAGGACUGUUGCGGGCAAGGUGGUCAAUAUGCUCGAAACAUUCCUGCGCUUGCCGCUCGGAGAGGUGAAUUUGGUGCGGUUCGCAGAGGGUGACGGUACAGUGGACGUGCAGCGUGCAGCUAAGCACAUUGCAUACGCGAAUGGAGUUGUAGCGUUCGACGAUAAGUUGGCAGUAGGGUCUACGACGACGAACCAGGUGCUGCUCUACAGACGUGACAUACAGACCGACGCGCUCGAGUACCUCCGAUCGAUACACCUCCCCUUCCAUGUAGAUAAUCUCAGUUACGAUAAGGAAGGUGGAGUGGUGCUGGCAAGUGGCCAUCCUCACUACCCGACGCUGGCAAGAUAUGUACGCAGCAAGGGAAAGACGGAGGAUCCAAUGAGCUGGGUAGUGGCUAUAGAGGUCGACAAGGAACAGGAGGAAAUGGAAGAAACACGCGGGGAAGGGGAAGUUGCGCAAAGGAGAUUACUCAAAGGGAAUAAGAAGGAUUCAAUACACUCGGUAAUACAAAGUGAUGGGCAAUUCGCCAGCUCGGUCACGACGCUAGAGAGGAAUGGGGAUGCAUUAGUCGGUGGAGGGCUAUACAUGAAUGGAUUGCUAACGUGUAGAAUAUAA